GUGUCGGCCCAGGUCCCGACCUACAAGAGCUCUCUUAACAUGACUAUUGAUCCCAACUCUGUUGCCCAGCAGCAGCGAGCCGUUUGGUGCCAGGCCCAGACCAACACUUGCCAGGUCCUUUGCGACAACAACGCCGAUGAGAACGAUUGCGACCAGGCUACUCUCAAGUACGACUGCACGUGCGCCUCCAACAGCUCGGCUCCUGGUCUCCAGUACUACACCCAGACGCUGCCCACCUUCAUCUGCGAGCAGCUCUACGCCACCUGCAUUCAAACCAACGCUGGCAACCAGGACGGCCAGAGUGCUUGCAAGAAUAACAUCCAGAAGCUGUGCGCCACUCAAAACCCU